CAACCCCAAACAGCAUUUCCUCCUCUCUACACGUUUGCAAAGCAGCAGACGGGGCCGUCCCAUAUUUUCGCACUCCCACCUCUACACACUCCUCGCUGACAUUUCAAAGCAUCUUCCAUUAAGAGAUGAGAGACAAAAGCUGAUGAAACGCAGAUCCCAAUCGCCAUGUGGGACGUUUGUGCUUGGAACUUCUUUCCACUCUUGUCCGUCCGUGCACCGCCCCUUGGACUUGACUUUUCACUCCUCAGGACUUUACAGUGAAGACGUGUGGACAGAUAAACAUCAGCAGCAGCAAUGAACAAGAGCAGUGAGGAAAACCUGACAGCGGUGUGCGUUAAAAUCGGCGACAGCGUCAUUAGUGACCUCCUGAUGAGCGUCUACAUCCUGGCCUUCAUCUUGGGCUUGAUCUUCAACAUUCUCACCCUGGGCCCCAUUUUGCAACAAGUGCGCCGGCAAAACGUCCUGGGGAUCUUCCUGCUCAGCUUGUCGCUCUCCGAUAUGCUUUUCAUCUUCACCAUGCCCCUCUGGAUCAACUACUACCACUGGAACCACCAGUGGAAGCUGGGCGUGAUGUCGUGCAGCGUGGCCGGGUUCUUCUACUACUCCAACAUGUACAUCAGCAUCUACCUGCUGUGCUGCAUCUCCGUGGACCGCUGCCUGGUGGUCACGUUCCCACUGCGCUCCAAAACCCACCGGACGUCAUGCUACGCCUGGGCGCAGUGCGUCGGCGUCUACGCGACGGUCACGCUGCUCCACGUCAUGGUGCUGUUCAACGACAACCUCCCCGACGCCCACGACGGACGGGACGACCGCUGUUACGAGACCUACCCCAUGGAGAGACCCGUGGCGUUGUUCAACCUGCUCCGCGUGGGCAUCGGCUUCUUGCUCCCCCUGUUGGUGCUGGCCAUCAGCUACUGGAGGGUGCUGGCAACGGUGGGCCAGAGUCCCGGCCUGAACGGCCAGGUCAAGCGGAAGGUCCGCCUGCUCUCCUUCGGGGUGAUUGGGAUCUUCUCCGUUUGCUUCGCGCCGUACCACAUCCUGCUGCUCACGCGCUCGCUGGUCUUCUACACCAGGCCCAACGACUACUGCCAGUUUGAGCAGAAGAUGCACUUUGCCUUCUCGUGCACGCUGGCCCUGUCCAGCCUGAACUGCGUGGUGGACCCCGUGCUCUACGUGCUGGUCAGCAACGGAAUUCGAGAGGACGUCAAAGUGUGCUGCCAAAGGCGGAAAAGGACACAGAUGACCGAGUGCGCUGUUUCCAAACGAAACACGGCAAAGUUGAAUCAUCAAAUCAUAUGAAAGUGCUCUUUGGUGUACUUCUCCAGACAAUCGGGAAGUGACACAUUGCCAUAUUUGUUCAGUUCCCUUGCAUCCUCCCUCGUACCCUGCUCAGUUUAGAUGAGGAGGCUGAUAAGAGCAGGAUCACACACAACAGUGUUUUACGAAGCUGUUCUCCAUCAAAGGGAUUCUCAAGCCCUCUGGAUCCAUGCUGUUUGAAGGACCGGCGGGCGGCUUUGGAACUGGAAGGUCACAGCAUGUGGACAGAAAUGUAAUACUGACAAUUGCACCCUUAAAGCUCCUGGGUUAAAAAAGGAACCCGAAUUGUGAUGAAAAACAAACAAACAAACAAACCCUACUAAAGCACUGGCUCCGAAAGUGUCAAACCCAAUACUGGUGUCAAAGCCUAGGCCCGGGGGCCACAUCCGGCUCACCACAUCAUUUUGUGUGACCCACAAAAGCAAAUGAUGUGAACUGACUUCAUGCUCCUUGCUAAAACACCCAAAUUGCAAAUUGUUUUCACUUUGAGCAAACAUUUUUGUUACCAAUCCUCCCCUUUUAAAAUAAAGAUCAUACUAUUUGAACAAAGAGGUUUUCAUCCUGAAAAUAGUUAUCAAACUAACAUAUUCUUUGAAACAUGGCCUGUUCUGGUGACUGGUGGGGCUGCGUGCGGGUGCAAGUAUAUAUCUCAGGGGGUCUGCAAAACAAAAAUCUAUUUUUCUUACAAACACCCCAAAUUCUUUAGAAAACGCUGACAAACAUUCAUUAUGUGUUCCCUACAGG